CAUGCUGGGAGUCGUAGUCCCGGCUGGCAGCGUCCGGAAGGACGGGAGGGCACGGAGUGCAGCCCGCCCAUGUGGCUACGGGAGGUCACGUUCCGUAACUGAUCCCUUGGUUCUCUCGGGUGGAGCCUUCAGCGUGCACGGCGGGAUUUGACUUUGCCACCGUCUCUCUUCUGGGUUUCAAUAAAGUUUUCCUCUUCCUCUCCUCGUACGGAGUUCAAGAUGGCGGCCUCCUGGUCGCUCUUGGUUACCCUGCGCCCCUUAGCACAGAGCCCGCUGAGAGGGAGAUGUGUUGGGUGCGGGGCCUGGGCCGCCGCUCUCGCUCCUCUGGCCACCGCCCCUGGGAAGCCCCUUUGGAAAGCCUAUACGGUUCAGACAUCCGAGAGCAUGACCCCAACUGCCACUUCAGAGACUUAUUUGAAAGCUUUGGCCGUUUGCCAUGGACCUCUGGACCACUAUGAUUUUCUGAUCAAAGCUCAUGAGCUAAAGGAUGAUGAACAUCAAAGAAGAGUCAUACAGUGUUUGCAGAAAUUACACGAGGACCUUAAAGGAUACAAUAUAGAGGCAGAAGGCCUUUUUUCAAAGCUUUUUUCAAGGAGCAAACCUCCAAGGGGCCUGUAUGUUUAUGGAGAUGUUGGUACAGGAAAAACAAUGGUGAUGGACAUGUUUUAUGCUUAUGUGGAAAUGAAGAGGAAAAAACGGGUUCAUUUUCAUGGUUUCAUGCUAGAUGUGCACAAAAGAAUACAUCGCCUUAAACAGAGUUUGCCAAAAAGGAAACCAGGAUUCAUGGCUAAAUCAUACGACCCAAUAGCUCCCAUAGCCGAAGAAAUCAGCGAAGAAGCAUGUCUCCUAUGUUUUGAUGAAUUUCAGGUCACUGACAUUGCUGAUGCCAUGAUUCUGAAACAGCUUUUUGAAAAUCUGUUCAAAAAUGGGGUCGUCGUUGUGGCAACAUCCAACAGGCCACCGGAAGAUCUCUAUAAAAAUGGACUCCAAAGAGCUAACUUUGUACCAUUCAUAGCAGUCUUGAAGGAAUAUUGUAAUACAGUCCAGCUAGAUUCUGGGAUAGAUUACCGGAAAAGGGAACUUCCUGCUGCAGGAAAACUCUACUACCUCACAAGUGAAGCUGAUGUGGAGGCUGUCAUGGAUAAGUUGUUUGAUGAGCUGGCUCAGAAACAAAAUGAUUUAACUAGACCAAGGAUUCUAAAAGUGCAAGGCAGAGAGCUGCGCCUGAAUAAAGCCUGUGGAACCGUUGCCGACUGCACAUUUGAAGAGCUGUGUGAGAGACCACUUGGAGCCAGUGACUAUUUGGAACUAUCAAAGAAUUUUGAUACAAUAUUUUUACGAAACAUUCCGCAAUUUACUCUGGCAAACAGGACUCAAGGUCGAAGAUUCAUAACUCUCAUCGAUAACUUUUAUGACCUCAAGGUGCGUAUAAUUUGCUCUGCGUCGACUCCUAUAUCAAGCUUAUUUUUGCAUCAACAUCAUGACAGUGAGUUGGAGCAAAGCAGAAUACUGAUGGAUGAUUUGGGGCUGAGCCAGGAUUCAGCAGAAGGACUCUCCAUGUUUACCGGAGAAGAGGAAAUCUUUGCAUUUCAGCGCACAAUUUCCCGACUCACGGAAAUGCAGACUGAACAGUACUGGAAUGAAGGAGACAGAACCAAGAAGUAACUGUCACUUUUGCAUAAAUAAAACUCUAGACAAAUGGUUAACGCAGGCAGAACUCCUUAUUGUGGGACUUGAAGGAAUCAUUUUCUCAUCAUUAAUUAUGCACUUUGUCCUCUGGACCAUUUUAAUCUAAAAUUGCUCUCAAGGAUCUAGUGGAUUAGCAAGUUAAACACUUAACAUUUUUUAGGUCUGCUUUUUCUUAUUUGGCCUUAUUUCUGCACCAUGAAAUUAAAAUCAUCUCAUUCCUGAAGAUGAAUGUAGGACCAGACAUUUUAGCUUCACAUUAAACCACCUGAAUGAACCUUGAAUGCACAAGUAAAUGCAAGACAUCUGGAUACCUUCAAGCUUUGGCUGCAUGGUGGUGGCAUGUUAGAAAUACAUCUUUUAUAAUGGGGGAAGAAUGCCCUAUGUUUCAAUUCAAAACAAAGACAGUUUUCCAAUCUGAUAUAAACUAAAAGGGAUAAUAUUUUAGAAUAUGGGCUUAUAUGUGGGGUUUUUUUUUUUUUUGGUUAUGAAUUACAGUAAAUCUCCCAGGCCUUCAGAUUUCUAUGUAAUGGAAGAAUAUGUUUUUAACCCUGAGAUCAAGUUUAGAAGGCAGGACUUGAUCUCAAGUGGUCACAAAGUUUUCUAAAAAAAAUAGAAAAUUAUGAUGGGAUCAAAUAAGGAGCAAGUGUCAAAUUCCAGCCAACAGGCAGAUCUGCAGGCAGAGCUACAAACUCUGCAGCCAGGAAUGGGGACCAGUGAGAGAGUGUGGGCGGGGGGGUAGGUGUCAGAGUCGUAGGCACUCCAACAGCAGAGGAGACUCCCGCUCACAUGAGGCCGGCCGUACCCCAGUGGACAGCAGGCUCCUUCCCACUGUUAUAGACACUUGCUCUCCUUGCAGCAUGCUGCCCCCGCCCUUGCCGCCGACUCUGCCGUGAGAUGGACCUAAUAGGAAAUAGGAAAGAACGCCUGACAAGCCUGCUUCACAGGAAAUCUGAUUUGUCCUUCACUGAGCUCAUUUUUUGCUUCUUUGAGUAAAACCUGGCUUUACUAACUAUUGUCACAAAGUGGAUCGUCAGCUGUGGAUGAGUGUGAAAAACAGAAAAAAUAUAAAAUCCACAAAAUCUUGUGAAAAUUAAGCAUUUGGGGGAAGGUAAGGCAUAGGUGAGUCAGUCCAAUGAAUACAAUGGUCAACAUAAGUAAGCUCUUUGAACCUAUUUAUUUUUUAUUUAUUAUUAUUUUUAUUUUUUAUAUCUUGGCCACUCUAGCCAUCUCCUGGCAGGGGUAGUGUGGCACAGCAUGGCCCUAUUUAAUUUCUUAGUCAAUAAUCCAUCACAUAGUCUCUUUUAGGUAUUAACCUAAUUAAGGCAAGCAGGUGGAUGGAUGAGUACCCAAGCCUAGAGAAGAGUUUAAAUCAAGCCUUCUGUAAAUGAAAUGUGGUUUAAAGAUAUUUUUAUUGAAGUGAAACACAGUAAUUUCAAAGAGGUUACGUAAUAGGGAGAAAGGAUGGGAAAUAACCACUUUGUGCUGGAUUGAAUGCUACAUAUUUACAUUAGCUCAGUUAAAAAAAAUAGUCUUAGAAAGUGAAUAUUAUAACCCCUGUUUAAAAAUAAGAAAACUGAGUCUUGGGAAAGUUAAGUAGCUUGACCUGAGAUUCACAGUUUACAACUACAAAACUCAUAUACUAUAUUUUAUACCACACUGUCUCUUACUCUUACUAUUUAAAAAAAAGAGAUUGUUUUAAAAAUUGAUUCAUUUAACUCAGUGAAUGAAGUUGAAGAUAAAUUUACAACAGAACCAUUGAUUUGAACUCAGUGAAUAUAAAAUGUUUAACUUUAUUCUUUAGAUCUUAGCUUUUUACUUUUCACAUUCCUUUGGUAAUUAUUCUGUAUCUUAAUUUUUUAAAAAAUCAUGUGAAGGGACAGACAGAUAGAUGGACAGUAUGACCGAUAGACAGACCUGUCCCUGAGUGUGAGUGUAUGUAGAAGAGUCCCCCUGUCAAGUUAUGUUAUGAAAGUUCAUCUGAGGUCAGAUAUUGGGAAUAAAGUUUCAUUUUUCCAUUGAAACAAUCACGUAAUGUUAGUUGGGGUGCUGGUCAAACGCAUAGGAGCCUAUGUAAUUCUCAGUGUAGCUUCCCUACAAUGUCAUUUUGGUACGAAAGAACUUAAACCCUGAGAAAAAAACUGUAGCUCAGUCUCCACCUAAGUAACUAGAGCAUGUGCCCACUUCUGUGCCCCCAAUCCACAAUCUCCUUCCCCAGUUCCAGGGGCCUGGUGGGAUUGGCUGCAGUGGAAGAGGCUCUUUGAGCUGGGAGAAGGGUUUAUGCAGAAAGUGGGGCUAGAAGGCUUUGACUGGAUCUCUGGAGGGGAGGGAGUUCCAUGGUGGCUGGAAAUCUCCAAAGUUUGUUUCAUAAAAUAGCAUGCAAGAAAAAAACCCAAGUCUUCAAGAAUAGCCAUCACUAGGAAACAGUAUGGUAGCUCUACUAAAAGAAAAGUAAUGCCAACAUGAAAAACAACCCCUAGAUUGGAGAGCAACAUUUCACUUUGUAUGUCUUUCUUCUGAGCCCUGCCCCUAUUGCAUUCUCAGCAUUCCAGUCUUUCUUCAUAGAAGUCUCUCAGCAAAUGCUCUUUUUUUGAAAUGCCUUAAAUGUAUACUUUGAGACAGAGGUUUGAGCUGAGUACUGCUGUGGAAAGCUCCUGCUCAAUUCAAAACACAGACGGGGAGAUGUCUUUAGAGUCAGGAGAAAACAUCAUGUGCCAAGGGUGCUCUCCAAACUGAUGACUAGUUCCCAGACUUAACAGAGGUCAAGCGGAGAAAAAGGAAAACUUUCUUUAGAGAAGAAAAAGAAAAAUCUUAUCACUUCUCAUAUUUCUUUAGGCAGUGUAUGAGCUUAUUUGCUGAUAUCACUAAUCCUGAGAUGAAAAACAGGAUGGACUUAAGUAAUUUUUAACCUAUUUCUGAGGCCAAAAAGACUGUAGUAUUAUUUUAAUCAAAUUUAUGCAUUUUCAGCGGGACUUCAAAUUUCAAUAAUAAGGCAAUACUUUUAUCUUCUUAAAGUAUAUUUCCUGCACUUAUAAGUGUGCAAAUGACAUAAUUUUAAAAUUAGUUGGAAUAUUGAAAAAAAUUAAAAUUUCACUUGUAAAAGAAGUGGAUGUGCUUAUAUCCAUUUAUUUAUUUAAGAAACACAUGAUGUUUUCUGUGUCCUGGGCAUGGUUCUAUGUGCUUUAUAAGUAAACUCUUUUGAUCCAUAUAACAGUCUUAUGAGAUAGGUGCCAUUAUAAUCAUUUUAUAGACAGGGAAGCUGAGACACAGAAAACAGCUAAAACAGAUUAAUAAAUUGCUAAGAUAUAACUGAAGUCAAUAAAAUUAGCAAAGUGCUAACGUAUUAAAUUUUCCAUUUCAUUGCCUCUGUCCUGAAAACAGUAUUGCUGGUCCAUGUAACUUGAAUCUACACUUGACGGCUGCUUUACCUGAGAUUAAAAACAUGCAGAAGGAUUGGGCGCCUGGGUCCCUGACAUUUGGGUUCCUGAUCAGUUACGGGAAUCUGUCUUGCAGCAAGUCUGUAAGUUACCUUUAUUAGAUUUACUAAUCUCAAAAGAAGUCACUUGCUGGUAGGAAAGGAUUUUCUUUGGAAAUGAGUUUAUAACUUCUUUUACAGUCAGAAUUAAGAUGAAUGUUCCCUAUUGGCAUAUAGCAGUUCAUUUUUCUGGAACAGAAAAUUACAAAUGUUAAAAUCUGCCCUCUUGUCGAGUGUCUACUGACUCAGUCCAGCAGCUCACUAGGACCCUCACAUCUGUUGCCCUAGCUGGUCAUUCGGUCCAGUCAAACAUGCCUGUCCACUGGCCUUUCGUCUGUGCUGCGUGGAGCCAUCAGUCUGUCUUACCUGCUUGCCUAGGGGGCUUUCCGGAUGUCGUCCCGAGAAUUUUCCCGUCUCAGGGCUGUACUUUCUGGGUUCCCGGUGGUUGAUUGCUGGUCUCUAAUGAUGCAGUGGGAAGGGCUUGAGAUCUGGCACUGGAAAAUUCAGUUCUGCUAAUUAUUGUUUUGUGACCUCGACCAAGAUAGUGCUCUGAGCCUCAGUUGUGUCAUCUUAUAAAUGGGAAUCAUAAUGCCCAUUUCAUAGAGUUACUAUGAGGAUUGUUGGUGAAAAGCGCUUUGCAAAUGGCAAAGGAUUAAACGAACAUCAGUUGUUAUUGAUACUAAUGAUUAUGAUCAUAAAUCCUACUUUCUGCUUUGUGUUAUAGCCUUUUGAGGAAUGCAAAACAGAAGACACAUUCCAACCCACUGGUUUCUAACAGAAGGGAAAAGAUACGCAUUAAAUGGCUAGACACCAAAAGCACACGGGUCUGGCUUAAUGAGAUGCUGGAGAAGAUUGUUAAAUUCAAAUCCGUGUUUUCAGGAUUAAUACAGAAAAUGAAUUGUUGCUUGUUUGGUGAACAUCAAAGAUUUCCCAGAAAGAGGGCACCAUCUUGUGGUCAGUAGGAUGAACUGACAGGAGAAAAAAAAGGCCAGUGGUUCUCAAGGUUACACAUUCCUAGGCCUAGGUCCACCUCCAGGGUCAGAUAUGGUGGGUCAGAUGUGGGGCCCCAGCAUCAGCACUUGUUAAUGUUCCUUGUAAGAUUCUAAGGUGCAGCAGGGUUGAUCACCGCCAAUCAGGCAGGCCGUGGAGCUCUUGCCUGUGACUACACAGCCGGUACGCACAGAGAGCCCUGCCUGCAGCUGGGUCCUGACUCUGGGCGCCUGAUGCAGAGACCACGGCACUUUCCAGGGAGCAGAGGCUGUUGCUAUGAUUCCUGGAGCCCAGGUCAUCAGCACACUGGCACACACAAAAGCACCUCCCAGAGCCCACCCCUCUCCUCCCUGGAGACCAAGGCUCCUCUGCCUUUCUUCUCCACCCACACUAACAACGUCAAAAUAGGUAACCACGCAGCACUUCCUAGUUUAGAAAGCACUUAAGGAGGCCAAGGCGGAAGGAUCGUUUGCUCCUACCAUAUCCGUCGUCCACAGCAAAUUCUGCAAGGGAGAUGCGAUUAUCCUACUACCGAUGAGGAAACUGGGGCACUCGGAGGGUAAGUGGUUUCACAAGCAUAUCGAGUAAGCACAUGUCUUCUGGAUCCCAACCCUGUGCUCUGCAGCCCUUCUGGUAGUAGUAAUAAUAGUAGCCCCCAUUUUAAAGUCGUCGUGGGUCUUGAGGCUAGAACAGGAAAGAUGUGGGUGUAGGGGUAUGCACAAGGGUGUUGUUUUGCACAACCCCAUAUGUGAUGGCAAAGAACUGGAAUCAGUGGUUGGCAAACUUUGAAAUAUUUAAUCUUCACAAUAAUUGAGAGAGUGUCCUACUUUGUCACCCAGGCACAAUCAUGGCUCGCUGCAGCCUUGACCUCCCAGGCUCAAGUGAUCCUUCCACCUCAGCCUCCCAAGUAGCUGGGACUACAGGUAUGCACCACCAUGCUGAGCUAAUUUUUAAAAUUUUUUUAAAAACACAGAUGGGCUCUGGCUAUGUUGCCAGGGCUGGUCUCGAACUCCUGGGCUCAAGUGAUCCUCCCACCUUGGCCUCCCAAAGUGCUGGAAUUAUAAGCAUGAGCACCACGUCUGGCCCCACUUUCCACUUUCAAAAUGCUUGCAGACCCCAAAGAGCUUUUAUGUGGGUGGGAUAUAUAAUCACCAGUAUUAGAAAUCAAACAGAAAUUGUUAGAUAUUUAAUUCAUUUAAAAAUAACAAUAAGCACAUGAAAUAUUACCUAAAUAGCAUUAUGAAAAAUAACAGCAUUUCCAAAACAAAAAACAAGUUAGUGAGAAAAGUGGCAUUGUUUUAAAUUUUUGCCAAUGUCUGGUUUAGUAAAAUACAGACAGAUUCUCAUACCUGCCUCUGCAUUCAGUCUGUUGGAAUAUCACACAUCAUGUAGCUCCUGAAAAAAUCAACUCUGUGCAUGUGGGAGAAUGAGUGAGAAAGGUAAAUAAUGUCUUAGUGGUUUUAUGGAAAAUGACUUUGACCUCAUGGACUCACUAGGAGUCACAGGUCCCUCAAGGGUCCCUGGACCACACUUGGACAAGGCUGAGUUUAUUGCUAAUGGGAUGAAGGAUUCCCAUGUGCCCACUGGAGACCACUGGUAAGAGCUGGUAUUGGCAACUGGAGUGGAGAGAGGGUGCUAAGCAUGGGAAGGGUGGGGCCAAGCUGGAUGGGAAUUUGAAUACAGGAGAAGAUGGUAGCCAGUCUACCCAUUGAGACCCCCUAGCCACUGCCUCACAUCAUCCUUGUUGCUGCCUGCUGCUCUGAGCCCUAAGCACUUUGCCAGCCCAGCCCCAACCUUGCAACUCUCUUCUUUAGCUUCUCCUGUGUCUCAGCUCCUCCUUCUCUGAAAGCUUCUGGUUCCUUUUCCUUUUCUCACCAUCUAAGUUCUUUCUUGGAUCCACAUAAAAAUGGUGAUUAUAAAAAACAACACCCAAUAUUAUACAAAGUACUUUCACACAUAACGUCUUUUUCACACUCUUUUCUUGAUGUCCAUAGCAACAAAUACCAGCCGAUGCCAGUUAUUCUCAAGUGUGUCUUCCCAUCCCUGACUCCACCAGUCUCCUGUUCUGUACUUCCAAUUGCCUACUGGAUCUCUCCUUUUGAAUGUUGCUUAAACUCAGUGUGUCUCAAAUAGUUACCCAACCCAAUCCUCCACACUGAAAUAUCUUCUGGCAGUGCUACACCUUUUGCAAUGAUACUGUCUCAGGCACUCACACAGCUGCAGUACUCUAAUACUCUGCCACUGGCCCCUUGGCAGUCGACAAGAGCCAGUGAUGUUGGGAACAGAAAAGAAGGGAUAGACAUUAGAAUCAUGUUACAUGAUGGAGAAAGGGUUCAAGAUAAGUAUCAGUGCAGGACAGGACUUGGAGAAUGGUUAGUUAUUGGAAUGAAUGGCAAAUUCAACAAUCUGAAGACAGGAGCAGUUUGAGCAAAGGUGAUCCCAGGACUUUCAGCCUGUCCUGCAUGUUUCUACGGUUUCAUCUACAGUGACUGGAUCAGUUCUGGAGUCUCCCAGUUCUCAUUAUCCACCUGGGGGCUGGGGAUAAGACUCCAGAGAGUCCUAGGACAAGCUGGCCUUUGGGAAUGCAGUAGAUAGUUCUCAUUUCUCUGAUUCACUCUUUAGUUUAUUGAAUAAACACUGUCAAGUGCUUCUUAUGACAAGGCACUCUGCUAGAUGCUAUGUGGGACAUAAUGAAGUUUAAAGCUUUAAAAAAAAAAAAGUCAUUAUUUUGGCCAGGCAUGAUGGCUCACGCCUAUAAUCCCAACACUUUGGGAGGCCAAGGUUGGGGGAUCACUUGAAGCCAGGAGUGAAAAGAAAGAAAAAAGAAAAAGAAAAAGAGUUAUUAUUUUAAUAGGAGAAUCUAUAGGUUGGUUACAUUGCUCCUUAAGGAAAAGUCAGCAAUUUAAAUCAAAAUUAAAGCUUGAAUCUCUAAAACUGGCUAACCUCAUCUGGAACAUGUGGCUCCCGCUUGCACCUAAGAUCACCUUCUCCACUGUCUACCAGGCUAGCAUGAGCCACACCUGUUCAGUUUUCCAACUCUCAGCUAAGAGAAAGACUUCAUUAAUAUUUGGAGGAUACAGGCCGGGCACAGUGUCUCAUACUUGUAAUCCCAGCACUUUGGGAGGCUGAGGUGGGUGGAUUGCUUGAUGCCAGGCAUUCAAGACCUGCCUGGCAAACAUGGUGAAACCCCAUAUCCACAAAAAAUAUGAAAAUUAGCCAGGCAUGGUGGUUUGUGCCUGUAAUCCCAUCUUCUCGGGAGGCUGAGGCAGGAGAAUCACUUAAAUCCAGGAGGUGGAGGUUGUAGUGAGCCAAGACUGUGCCUUUGCACUCCAGCCUGGGCAACAGAGUGAAACUCUCAAAAAUCUAUAUAUAUUUUGGGGAUACAGAUAAUAAAUUCAGAAAAUACUUGGAAUCUAGAUGAUAUGGCUAAUAAAAUUUAAUGUGAUCAUCUUCAGCAUGAAUCUCCACUUUGUUCUAGCUCUCCUUCCAGAUUCCAGAUACCUCUUCUAUCCCCUCCACAAGACGAUACUCACAGACAUACAUAUACCUCUGAGUGCUUCCUGGAAAGGGCAGAGUCCAAAAAGAAGCCUCUUCUCCAUGACAGUCAUUGCUAGAACUUGCCCAUAACCAGUUCUCUCUUUCCAAGCACACAGGUGGGGUCACACUUUCUGGCCCCUUGGCAGUUAGGCAAGGCCAUGUGACUAUUUCUGAGCAGUUAGUUGGCAGUGAGUGGAAGUGAUGUGACGUGUCAUUUCCAAGGUGAAGCUCUUACUAGCUGGCUUGAGAACUUUUAGAUCUCUUUUCUUUUGCAUGGAAAACCUGGAAAUACCAUGUUGAGACAGAGACAACCAAGAUAAAAUUGCCUGGAAGGCUGAGCCACCACGUGAAAAUGCCAAACUACCCAUGGCAAAUGCUGUGUGAGCAAGAAAUAAAAUUACAUUCUGUUUUUUUCUUGGAGAAAUAAGGGAAAAAAUAAAAAUAAAUUACAUUCUAAUAAA